CACGAGAGGAAAAAAAAUCAUGGCAGAAGAAAUCCCAUCACCCGCAGCUGCCCCCGCCAAGACGGCGAAAACCAAGAAGAAGCCGGCGGCGGCGGCGAAAAAAGCGACCAACGGCGGCACCAGCCUCCCGAAGAUGAUCGUCCAGCUGAUUGCCGAAUCCAAGGAGCGCAAAGGCAUGUCGGUAACCGCCAUCAAGAAAGCCUUGGCCCGCAUGGACGUGGACGUGCUGAAGCUCAACAAGCGCAUCAACACCGCCCUGAUCAACCUGGUGUACAAAGGAGUCCUGGUUCAAACCAGUGGAAUCGGCGCUUCCGGCUCCUUCAAACUUGCCAAGAAGGAACCGACCCCCAAGAAGCCCAAAGAAGUCAAGAAGAAACCCGCCGCCAAGAAGACGACCACCGCGGCUAGCAAAAAGUCAUCACCUGUCAAGAAACGCACUGCUGUGAAGGCUGACAAAAAACCCAAGAAGCUCGACAAGAAGGUCACACCGAAAAAGGCCAAGAAAUCGGCAAGCAGUCCCAAAAAGGCUGCGAGCAAGCCCAAGCCAAAGGCCAAGGCGAAAAAGGAGACCCCGAAGAAGGGGAAAAAACCAGCUCCCAAGAAAUCUCCAGCCAGGAAAACAGCCAGGAAGCCAGCAGCGAAAAGAGCCAGAAAGUGAUCUGGCUCA